GCGCAGUGUCACUGUGUGGUCCGCCAUUGAGGGACCCACGAUCAGGAGGAAAGGGUCAGAAUCGUUUCGAUAGGCAACGGCCGCACGUUUCCUCCAUUCUAGAAUCCGAACUUUGCGAACAGCUCUACCUUGAACACAUCGCACAGCGUCUCGUCACCUUCGUAGCAGAUGGUUUUCAUUUAAAUAUAUGGAGAUCCACCACACGUAAAAUAUAUUGUAUAGCAACCUGUAAUAACGAAGCCAACGAGUUAGCUGCUAAAUCUUAGCUAGCUAGCGUUUUGAGGCUAGGCUACCUGUCUAGCUUCACACGAGCAGAGCCUUGCUCGGGGCAGUGUGCCUGCUGUGCCGUUUGAUGGAUCCAAGAAUCGCUUGGUUUCAGCCUGAACAACGCGGACCAGCUAACAGCCUGUGGGUGCAGAUUUGGGAAACGACACAAGGAUUGGGUAAUUUCCACGUAAAUAACAACUAUAGCACGGGUACUCCUAGCACGACAAGUUCGACGAGUCCGAAAUUGAACAUCAACGGAGCAUCGGGUACGAUAAUCUCCAACAAAAACGGUGCUGUCAACUCAGGCGUCACCAACAGUGAACCCAGGAGUCAGGGAAUGUCGAACUCGACGGGAGACAGUGAUGUAGUGGAACAACGAGACUUUAUACCAUUGGAAAGCAACAACAACCACAACAACCGAGCUGCGGGGAGGGGCGGCGGACGAGGGGGCCAAGUGGGUAGUGGGGUCGCUGUGGUCUGGAGAGGGGUUCCGGACAACGCAGGACACCCCAACAAAAGGAAAAGAGACAACAAGGCUAGCACUUUUGGAUUCAAUAGCAGUCUCUUGCACAGUGGCAGCAUCGGUUCUGACCAGACAGGGGGCUGUGCUAGUUUCACGGGUACGCCAUGGAAAGUCAGGAACUACUCAGACGGAAUUGUCGGGCUUCACGAGGAGAUCACUGACUUCUACGCGUACAUCUCCCCACGGCCGGAGGAGGAGCGGAUGAGGCUGGAGGUGGUGGACAGGAUCAAGGGUGUCAUCCACGACCUGUGGCCCAGCGCUGAGGUCCAAGUAUUUGGAAGCUUCAGCACCGGACUGUAUCUGCCAACAAGUGACAUCGACCUGGUUGUGUUCGGGAGGUGGGAGACCUUGCCCCUCUGGACCCUGGAGGAGGCUCUCCGGAAGAGAAACAUAGCCGAUGAGAACUCUGUCAAAGUGUUGGACAAGGCCACGGUGCCCAUCAUCAAGCUGACUGACUCCUACACUGAGGUGAAAGUGGACAUCAGCUUCAACGUAAAGAGUGGCGUUAGAGCCGCCAGACUCAUUAAAGAGUUCAAAGAGAAGUACCCGGUUCUGCCAUACCUGGUGCUGGUGCUGAAGCAGUUCCUACUGCAGAGGGACCUGAACGAGGUGUUCACUGGAGGGAUUGGCUCCUACAGCCUCUUCCUCAUGGCUGUCAGCUUCCUGCAGCUCCACUACAGGGAAGACGUGUGCAGCCCCAACACCAACAUGGGCGUCCUCCUCAUCGAGUUCUUUGAGCUGUAUGGACGCCACUUCAACUACCUGAAGACGGGCAUCCGCAUCAAGGACGGAGGCUGCUACGUGGCCAAGGACGAGGUCCAGAAGAGCAUGAUGGACGGAUACAGGCCCUCCAUGCUCUACAUCGAAGACCCUCUCCAACCAGAGAACGAUGUGGGCCGCAGCUCGUACGGCGCCAUGCAGGUGAAGCAAGCGUUCGACUACGCCUACGUGGUGCUGAGCCACGCCGUGUCGCCCAUCGCCAAACACUACCCCAACAACGAGGCCGAGAGUAUACUGGGACGAAUAAUCCGAGUGACCCAGGAAGUGAACGAGUACAGGGAAUGGAUCAGCAAAGAGUGGGGGCCCCAGUCUCAGAACGACCCUGCCCUCAAUGGAAAUGAUGUCACCCUGCUGGUGGAGCCUCAGCAGCUUGAUGAAUGCAACAACAACCUCUCAGAGGAAGUGGUGGUGCUGCCGCCCACGCCGCGGAGCAAGACCUCUUCCGUCUCCUCCUCCCCGGCCCCCUCGUCACGCUCCUCCCCCUCCUCCUCCCCUCUGUGCCCCUCCUCCUCCUCCACCGCCUCCAGCUCCAGUGAUGCUGAGUCUGACGGGACCCCCUGUAAGACAGCCAAGCAGCUGCCUGGCCGGGGCAACGUUGCCCACAGAGACACCUCAGUGAGCGUGGCCAAUCACAGAGCACAGAGCCACUCUUCCAGCACUCCUACUGGAAACAACAAGGGCGGCAAGGGCCGCUCAUCACGUUCCACCAGUAAGAACAACCGUGGCCAGCAGAGCUCUUCAUCCAACAGCAAAAGCCACCAGAGCAACAAGCCACAUCACCAGGGCAACGGCAAGAAGAGGAAACCCCAGCGUGAUGCGACGCAGGAAGACCUUUGCAGAUAGGGCCCCGCCCCCUGUCCCCUUCUCACUAACUGCCUGACAGUCCUUGGAUCUGCUGCCAAAUCUCCAAUCUCGGGAGGUUGUUAGUAGUAAUAAGGAUAUUUCUUGUUUCAAGCUCUUAAGGGGACAUCUUUUUAUAGCUGAAAAAGAACAAAAAAAGAAAGAAAACUAAUAUGAGAAAAAAUGGGGGCCUAGUUCUUGGACCUGAACAGAAAGAGGAAAAAAAAAAUCAUGAAGGAUGUGUUCAUUUGCUUCCUGAACAUAAACACAUUGCCCAGCAACAGAGCCACAUCCAGCACCUACACGACUUGCUGUGCUGCCCUCUAGUGAUAGGGAGGAACAUUGGUGAAGGUGCCUGAAACCAGUGGACCUGAGGAGCAAUACCUGAAACUGCUGCGAGCUAAUUUCAAGGAAGAAAAUAAUUAUAAAAAAAAGAAUAAAAGAGACAAAUGACGACAAAAAAUGUACAAAAAUGUUCUGUUGAAGAAAAUGAAAAAAAUGUGUAUACAGAUUUUUAAAGAGGAUAACCCAAAAAUGUAAGUGGGGGACAUAACUUAUGCAUGAGAUUUUUAUUUUGUUGAUGGGUGGUUAUUUUUUGUUAUAUGUAAGCGGAUUAUACAAAGAUUUGUAAAAAAAAAAAAAAAAAGGACAAACAUGCAAAAAGCCUAAAAAACAAAUGAUUACAGAAGAUAUGGUUUCAUAGAACUUUUUACAAGAUAUACUGACAUAGUUGUGCACAUUUCUCUCAAAUUUGGUAAAGCCAAUUGUGGCGAGGGGUGGGGUUGGGUUCCAUUGCCAACAUAAAUCAUCAGCAUCUAUUUGUACUUUGCUGCUCUCUGACUGUGACACAGUCACAGUGUUGGCAGUUAUGUUUUCUCAGCCUAACACAUCAAGGGCUGUAGAUGAAGUAUUUACACAGCGCUGUACUACACAACAAUUCAGUGGCUUUCAGAGUACAGCUAAAAAAUUAGCUGAGGAGAUAAUGGUUUUUAGCUAAUCCUACACAUGAAUAGCUCAAUGGAUCCAUAUAUGUGGGUGGUAAUAUUUUCCCCUUGGUAAUUUACCUAUUACAAAAUCAUUUGCAUUUGUUUAAAUGUAUUUAUUUUUUUAUAAUUCUAUAUGAAUAUAGUAUAAAUACCAUAUGUAUAACAUUAGAACCCAUAUCCUUGUGUCCAAUGUUUUGGAUGAGAUGAGAGGGGUAUACUGGGAGGAGGGGGAUACUAUUUGUCAGGUACAGUACAAUGUUGCUGGUCUGUUGUCAUUGCCUUUUAUUUCAUUAAUAGUUGAGUGACCAAGUUACUUAAGUUGAGAGACAAUUUUAUGAUUCAAAAGGGGGACAUUUUGUUUUAUUACGUGGCUGGUCUACCUAGUUCAAAAGGGAGCAGAGUUUUUGGUUGGCUGUGUAUGUCUUUUCUUUACCUUAUUUGAAUUUAAUGGAAACACAUUCAUAUAUCGAUCCCUCGGUGUCCGCCCUGUGUCAACCCCUGAUUGCAGUUCUUCACCUAACCUGUAGAUGGCGGCAUCAUUCUAUGCUCAAAGAUGUCACUGUAUUGGCACCUACAUAUUGCAUUUGGAUAUUUGACCUAUGCAUAUGGGGUGGAAAGAUAUGUACACUUUGAAAACUUUUCAACUGGAGACUUGACAAUUGUCAGUUCCUUUUGGAUCGAUUAUAAUAUCACUCGCUUUAGAACUAUUUCUAGAAUACCACAAUACUACAGUUUGUAAUGGUUGCUCAGUCAGUUACUCACUACAGUUAGUCAGCUCUUAUAUUUUUUAAAGCACCACACUUCUACUGGUAAAUCAAGCAUAAUUUUCUUCCUCUAAAAUGUACCUUUCUAGUUUAAUAUAAGUAUGUUCUUUGUGUUCUUGAAUGAAUAUGCUUCUAAUAUUGAUGUUUGGGUGGAUGACAAGAGAUUGUUCCCAAUUAGUUUUGGCCUGAAUGCAGUAUAUUUGUGCUGGUCCGGGAUUAAACCACGGGGGACACUCAAUAAGUCAUCGGUGCCAUCAGAAUCUUCUAUCAUCUCUGCUCACUGGGAGGACUGAACUCAUCUGAAUUGUAGUUUCUCUACGACUAUUCAAAUCCAUGCAAUAAAAUACAAGAGUACAAUUGAAUAGAA